AGGUGGUCGUUAAUUGCGGGGCGAGUACCGGGAAGAACUGACAACCAAGUAAAAAAUCAUUGGAACACUCAUUUGAGCAAGAAGCUCGGAGUGAAAAAAGAGAUAACCAAACUGGGAGCUUCAUCGCAAACAAUCUCUACCAAAUUAAUAGAGAGUGAUAGUGUCCCCAUGCAUGCAAGUUCGAAUCCGCCUUCUGAUAGCAAUAUUAGAGUUGAAGAGCAAAAGGUGGACGACGAUGGUCACCAGAGUAAUGUUGGAUUCUUGGAAGUGGAAGAUCAAAAAAGAAUAAAUGAGAGUUAUGAAAGUCCUUUUUGGUUUCCAGAUGAUGAUCUUAGAUUAAGCACCCCUAGUUUAAUGGAAAUCUUAGAUGAGUAUUCUUUUGAUUUUGUUUGGCAUAACUUAUAAACUUUCUUCUUUGCAAUCAUUUUCCUGAAUGGAAUCUUUAUUAGUCAAUCUUUUUUA